GUGGGCGACGGCGGCUGCGGAAAGACAUCGCUGCUGCUGGUCCACGCCGAGGGCGCCUUUCCCGCGCAAUAUGCCCCUUCGGUCUUUGAGAAAUACACAACCAAUGUCACUGUGGGGAAGAAAGAAAUAAUCUUACAUUUGUAUGAUACUGCAGGACAAGAGGAUUACGAUCGCCUACGGCCGCUCUCAUACCAAAACACCCACGUGGUUUUGAUUUGCUAUGAUGUCAUGAACCCAGUUAGCUUUGAUAAUGUAUUAAUUAAGUGGGUCCAUGAAGUGAACCACUUCUGUCAUGGAAUCCCUAUCCUCUUGGUGGGUUGCAAAACAGAUCUCCGGAAAGACAAAGAACAUCUCAGAAAACUCCGCUCCGCUCAACAGGAACCGAUCACUUACAAGCAGGGUGAAGAAGCCUGUCGCCAGAUCAAUGCAAAUGUUUAUCUAGAGUGCUCAGCCAAGUUCCGCGAAAAUAUUGAACCCAUUUUUAGCGAAGCUGCUAGCAUGGCUUUGAGCGCCAUCAAGAAGGCCAAACGCCAGGAGAAGUCAAGGCCCUGCAUCCUCUUAUGAUGAUGUGAAACCAGCCAGAGGAAGCUCUUCUUCCUUCAGUGAUAUGCAAGGAGGCAUUUCUAGGUUUUAUUUCAGACUUUAAACAGGACUUUUCAUUUGGAUUUUAACAGAAGGAACUUGUUUUAUAUUAAUUUCUGCUUUUAGUGAAGCUAAAAUGGUCAGAGGUUUCACUCUGAAGGAGCCCUUCCAUUCCAGGUCGUCUUUUUUUACUUGUGGAAGGAAGAUCACUUUACUAGCUGCCAUGUUUAAAUAACAAUUUAAAAAAACCUGUUAUCUCUUACAUCAUUGCAGUAUUACCUAUUUGUAGUUUACACGUGGAAUUGCUAUUCCUCUCCUUCCUUUUCAAGAAACUUCAAGGUGUGAGCUGGAGUUGCAUAACAUCCUAAACCACAUACUAGAGUUUGCCUGACUUUGGUUUAAUGCAAUGUUUCUCAACCAAUGCAACUUGAAGAUGCUAGCUAGGGAAUUCUGGGUUGAACUCCACACAUCUUCAAGUUACCAACGUUGAAAAACACUGAUUUAAUGCACUGUUUAUAUGUUACCACUGUAGCUUGCAGACUGUGGCUUAUUGUUUAGUGUUGCCAUCAACCUAGCCAAGUGUGCUUGUUUAGCCAACCUUAGUUAAAAUGAACCAUCAUUCAUUAUGAUGUAUGAAUGUAAUGGUUGUGACCCUUCCUUACCAGUCUGUAAUAACCUAGAAACCCUUCAAGAGAUAGAAAUCCAGUUCAGAAGUUGAAGUACAGUAUGGCUGUGAUUUAAUUGUUACUCAGGUAUAGUGAGCCCCGAUUCAGUUGGAAGAUUCAGACACCAUCUGUACAAGAAACAACUGGAAAGACCUUACAAUUUGCCCUGCUUGUGCCUAUAUAGGAUUCCGUAGGUUGUUUUCUUCUAUUUCAUAAGGAAUAGCUACCUCGAAAUAUGCCUUUAUAUCUGCUGCUGUGCCUUUAAACUUUUUCUAGUUGAAAUUUGGACUCUUUAUGCCAAUACUCCUUGUUUUGUAAUACU